CCCACAUUAAGAAGAAAUAUGCGAGAACAAAACGGAGAAAGGCGAACAUAAGAUGAAAGCGAGAGGAGGCAGGACUCCGAACACUACAGACCUCCGUAACUGCCAGCUUCGCGACCGCUAUUUCUCCGCCAUCUUCUACUGUGAUUUUCCUAACCCGCCACCUCGGCUACCGUCGUCGCUGCUCCAACGACGGCAAUAGCCGUUGAUUCUGGGCAGGCGCGAGCCAGCCACCUCACACACGGACGCCACCGCUGCCGAGAAGAUGGCAGAAAGCGCCAUGGCGGACAAGUGUCGUGUGAAACUCUACUCCCUGAACCGAGAUCAACAAUGGGAUUACCUAGGCACCGGGCACAUCUCUUCGGCUUACGUGGAGCACCUCCAGAGCGUAUGUCUGCUAGUUCAGUCGGAUUCCAGUGAGGCGCUAAUCCUGGAGUCGAAGAUCAAUUCAAAUGCGCCGUACCAGAGGCAACAGGAAACGCUGAUUGUUUGGUCAGAAGCGGAGGGCCACGGUAUGGCUUUAAGUUUCCAGGAUGCCGAAGGUUGUCAGCAGAUCUGGGAAGACAUUUGCCGAGUUCAAGGUAAAGAUCCAUCUGUCCGUAUCACACAAGACCUCUUAGAUGAAUCAGAUCAGUUUGAUGACAUAUUCGAAACUGCUGAUGUGUUUGACUUGCCUAGCUGUGAACUCGGUAAUCUUGAAGAUAUUGAUGACUUUGUUUCCUCGAUUCUCGCUUUACCUUUACCUAUCCAUAAGGAAAGACUGGCUCUGAUCUUAGAAAAUGGGAACUAUAUUAAAAAUUUGCUGCAGCUGUUCCACACUUGUGAAGACCAAGGGGACACUGAAGGUUUACACCAUUUGUAUGAAAUUAUUAAAGGCAUCUUAUUCCUUAACAAGACAUCUCUGUUUGAGAUCAUGUUUUCUGAUGAGUGUAUCAUGGAUGUGGUGGGAUGCCUCGAAUAUGACCCUGCGAUGGCUCAGCCGAAAAGGCAUAGGGAAUUCUUGACUCAACAUGCGAAGUUCAAGGAAGUUGUACCAAUAAUGAACUGUGAACUUACGCAAAAGAUACAUCAGACCUAUAGGGUACAGUACAUUCACGACAUCCUUAUGCCGAUACCAUCCUUGUUUGAAGAGAAUUUUCUUUCUACUCUUACAACUUUUAUUUUCCUCAACAAGGUCGAGAUAGUCCGCAUGCUGCACGAAGAUGACAACUUUUUGUCUGAAGUUUUUGUGCAGCUAAGGAACGAGACUAUAGAUGAUGAUAAACAGCGCGAGUUGCUAUUUUUCUUCAAGGAAUUCUGUAAAUUUUCGCAGACAUUACAGCCUCCGAACAAGGAUGCCCUCUUCAAAACAUUGAUGCAUUUGGGAAUUCUUCCUCUUCUGAAAACCGUGAUGAGCAGGAAGGAUUUGCAGAUACGAUCAGCUGCUACCGAUAUACUUACUUAUCUAGUAGAGUGUAGUCCAUCCAUGAUCCGAGAAUUUAUAAUGGAAGAAGCCCAGCAGAGUGUAGAUGGUAAACUUUUCAUUAACUUAAUAAGUGAGCAAAUGAUCUGUGACACUGAUCCUGAGCUGGAAGGUGCUAUUCAUUUAAUGGAAUUUCUUCGUGCUCUAAUCCAUCCUGAAAAUAUGCUAUCAACACCUAGUAAAUGCGAAAGAAGUGAGUUUCUAUAUUUCUUCUACAAGCAUUGUAUACCGAACUUCAUAGCACCACUUUUUGCCAUCACUUCAGAAAAUAUAUGUGAAGGGGAUAAUGUAUUUGGAGCUGACAAAAACAGCCCCAAUAAUUAUCAAACAGCAGGGCUGCUUUCUUUAAUUUUGGAGCUGCUCACAUUUUGUGUGCAACAUCACACAUAUUACAUAAAAAACUGUAUUUUGAGCAAUGACUUGCUAAGAAGAGUCUUGAUCUUGAUGAGUUCAAAGCACACUUUCCUGACUCUGUCUGCUCUUCGCUUUAUGAGAGGGAUUAUUGGCCUUAAAGAUGAACUUUAUAAUUAUUACAUCAUCAAGGGAAAUCUUUUUGAGCCAGUUGUAAAUGCUUUUCUGAAAAACGGGACUCGGUACAAUAUGUUGAAUUCAGCUGUUAUUGAGCUGUUUGAAUAUAUAAGAGUGGAAAAUAUCAAAUCUCUUGUUAUACACAUAGUUGAGAAGUUUUAUAAAACACUUGAAUCGAUUGAAUAUGUUCAGACAUUCAAAGGAUUGAAGAUCAGAUAUGACGAAGAAAAAGAUCAACAAAAUCAAAUUCGGAAGAAUUUACAUUCUAUACUGUAUAGUCAAAUACUCUGCAGAGGAAUCAGAGUCUUGGAGAAGAAGGAAAAAAUGUGUAUUAAAGAAGAUUCAAAGGAAGAAGAAGCAGUUAUGCCACCAUUGGAAGAUGAUUUUCCAGAUCCUUAUGAUAAGUUUAUGGAGACUAAAAACCCAAAAGAAAAUGAAGACAAGGUAGAUCUUCCUAAAACAUCUUCUGGGAGCUACAAAAUCAGUUCAUCCCCUUCUGCUGGUGGUGCUAAUGAAACGAGUAGCCAGAGCAGUAGCAGCACGGUUGGCUUAAAGAAUGAUCCAGAUGAUGAAGAAAAAGAUGAAGGAGAUGAAACAUCGCCCAAGAAGAAACCACGUCUUAGCUCGUAA